AUGGGAAUGGAAGGAGUAUUAAAGAAGCUUGCAGCUAUUACGAAAGUUGCUUCUAUUGCGGUGGUGGUAUUUGGAAUAUGCUUUAACACGUGCAAAGCUACAUCAGUUAGCGUAGUGGAAGAAGAUCCAUUGGAAAAAUCCGAAAGUUCUAUGCCAAAUCCUUGCAUGGAAAGUGCGUGGGAUGGAAAUAUUGAAGGAAAAAAACAUUUUGUUCCUAAAGAAGAAAAGAAAAAUAGCACGAAAGGUAUCCCUGCAACAGAGGCAGAUGCGAAAGCAGGCAUAGACGCAGGCGAUGAAAAAGCCGCGUGUAUAUCCACAGAGGUGAUUCUUAUAAAAAGCGACGAGGUAUGUAAUGAUGCUUCUGCUCCGCAUAGUGGAGAUGCAUCACACGAAUGUAGGCAAUUCUUCUCUAUAACUGCGGAAGAAAGUGUAAAAAUAGUAAAAUGCGAUGAAAUAAGAGAUGUACAGUCUUUAAUUGCCGAUUACUAUAGGCAAAGCGGCCCUUUGGUGGCAGAAGGGAUUUAUCCAGAGUACGACAGACAGAUUAAAAAAAUCAAUGCACUAACUCUGGAGAUAAAAAUACUCCGGAAAGCUGUGGAAGAAGCAGAAAGUGAAUCAAUCGAGCAGGGGGCCAAGACAGAGUUAGCAGAAAAAACCCGAAAAAAUACAAAGAAGGAAUAUGUGGACUAUAUAGAACAGAUGUGCGAGUUCCAGUGGAAAUAUUGCAUUUUAAUAGAAAAAGAAAUAGCAUUCUUCAAUGCAAUCACAUGCAGAGAGGAUCUACUGUGCGAAGUGAAAAAAAAAAGAGAUUGA